GCUUCCUCCUUUCUUCAUCAGGCUCAGUAUACUCUUAAUAUUAAGUUUAUUUGAAUUUUAAAAUGAUUAAUUUUCUGUUAAUAGAUUAAUAAUAUAUUAUUUUGAUUUUAAUGUUAUUAAUUUUUAUUUAUUUGAAAUUAUUGUUAGGUUUCAACAUAAAUGGCAAGUGCAGAAAGCAACUCAAUAGAGUCUCCAAUGAUAUCAAAAAAAGAUCCUGCGUGGAAGUAUAAUUAUUUGAAGGAUCCGAAAGAUCCUAAUGCAGUGACUUGCAUAUUCUGCGAUAAGACUACCAGAGGUGGUAUUUUUCGUGCAAAACAACAUCUAGUAGGAAAUUUCAAGAAUGCAGCAGCUUGCAAAAAAUGUCCACCUGAGGUAAAAGAAGAGUUGCUGAAUUAUAUGAAUGAAAAGAAGACACAAAAGAAUGAAUCUUAUGGGAAUUUACCAGAAGACAAUGUUGAACAUAUCAGAGAUGAAGAAGAAGAUUAUUCUACGAGUAUUAACCCAAGUGAAAAAAGAGUAUACGACAAAAAGGGAAAAGAAGUUAUGAGUACUAAAAAAGGUAGAAAAGGACCGAUGGAUCUAUAUAUGCUUCAAGGAUCCCAGAAACAACAAGGGCAAGCAGGAGGCUCAAAAUUGAGACAAACAAAUAUAAGUGAUGCUUGUGAUAAAGAAAUAAGAGGAAGAACAAUUCAGCACAUUGCUCGCUUCUUCUAUCAGGCUGGUCUUCCCCUUAGUACAACUCGUUUAGACAGUUUUAAGGAUAUGAUUGAAGCUAUUGGAAGAUAUGGUGCAGGAUUAAAACCUCCAAGUUAUUAUGAGAUGCGAGUUCCAUUGCUGCAAAAAGAGUUGAAUUAUACAAAUGACUUACUAAAGGGUCAUAAAGAAUCAUGGGCAACACAUGGUUGCUCUAUUAUGUCAGAUGUUUGGACUGAUAGGAGGCGCAGGAGUAUAAUUAAUUUUAUGGUUAAUUGUUCUUUAGGGACUAUGUUUGUGAAGUCAAUAGAUGCUUCAUCUUUUGUAAAAUCUGGAGACAAGAUAUAUGAUUUACUUGACAACUUCGUGGAAGAAAUUGGAGAACAAAAUAUCGUUCAAAUCAUAACCGACAAUGGAAGCAACUAUGUUUUAGCUGGUAAUAUUCAUCUUUUGAUUUUGUUAAUUAUUUUAUCUUCAAUUAAGUGUGUUAAACUCUUAAGUCUUAUCAUUUUUGUUAUCCUUUGUCUCAGGUAAAUUGCUUGAAUCAAAAAGACAACACUUGUAUUGGACUCCAUGUGCAGCAUAUUGUAUUGAUUUAAUGUUGGAAGAUAUUGGAAAGAUCUUAGCAAUCAAGAAAACCUUAGAAAGGGCAAUUUUUGUUGUUGGAUUUCUUUAUAAUCACAUUGGGGCUUUGAAUAUGAUGAGAGAAUUUACAGGGAAUAAAGAAUUAGUGAGACAUGGUGUUACCCGAUUUGCUACUUCAUUCUUGACAUUACAGAGCGUGCAUCGUCAAAAACAUACUCUGAGAAAUAUGUUUACCUCUGAGAAAUGGGUGACAAGCAAAUGGGCAAAAGAAGCAAAAGGCAAGAGGGCUGCUGAUAUCAUCUUAAUGCCAUCCUUUUGGAAUCAUAUAGUUUAUAUAUUAAAGGUAAUGGGCCCUCUUGUUCGAGUCCUUCGAUUGGUGGAUAAUGAAAAUAAGCCUGCAAUGGGAUAUAUUUAUGAGGCUAUGGAUAGAGCAAAGGAGACGAUUAAAAGAUCUUUUAAUGAAAAUGAAGAAAAAUAUGAGAAAAUUUUUACAAUCAUUGACGAAAGAUGGAAUUGUCAACUUCAUCGUCCCUUGCAUGCAGCAGGAUAUUAUUUGAACCCUGAAUUCUUUUAUAAGAUUAAAUCUGUUGGAUUUGAUGCAGAAGUUUUGGGUGGGUUAUAUCAGUGUGUUGCAAGAUUAGUUCCCAGCAUUGAGGUUCAAGAUAAGAUUAUUCAUGAAUUAUCUUUAUAUAAAAAUGCUGAAGGUCUUUUUGGAAUUCCAAUUGCCGUUCGAUCCAGGACAACUACCUCUCCAGCUGAAUGGUGGAGUCUAUUUGGAAAUUCCACCCCGAACUUACAGAAAUUUGCUGUCAAAGUACUUAGUUUGACAUGUAGUGCUUCGGGUUGUGAGCGAAACUGGAGUGUCUUUGAGCAUGUAAGUAUUACUAAAUAUUUUUAUUUUAAUUAAUUUAUUUAUUUAGAUAUAUGUAUUAAUAUAUUUUUAAAUUAUAUGACAUGACAGAUUCACUCGAAGAGAAGAAAUCGGUUAGAACAUCAACGAUUGCACGAUCUUGUUUACAUAAAGUAUAAUCAAGCUUUGAAGACUCGUCAUGAUUUGAAAAAUAGAUUUGAUUCAAUCUCAUUGCAAGAUAUUGAUGAUUCAAAUGAG